CAGGUGACGCAUUUAUCAAUUUCGUUUUAUGUCAAGAGUACAGACAAAGAGUGUGAUUAUUUUGUAUUUUUACCACAUUUAUAAAUUUUAGUCGAAAAUGUCGUCACGAAAAAAGGUUCUUUUGAAGGUAAUCAUCCUUGGAGAUAGUGGCGUGGGUAAAACUUCGCUGAUGAAUCAGUUUGUCAACAAGAAAUUUUCCAACCAGUACAAGGCAACAAUAGGCGCAGAUUUUCUCACGAAAGAGGUAAUCGUCGAUGAUAGGAUCGUCACCAUGCAAAUAUGGGAUACUGCAGGUCAGGAACGUUUUCAAUCCUUGGGAGUCGCUUUCUACCGUGGGGCGGAUUGUUGCGUCUUAGUGUUUGACGUAACUGCCCCCAACACGUUCAAGUCCUUGGAGAGUUGGAGAGACGAGUUCCUGAUCCAGGCUUCGCCUCGUGACCCUGAGAACUUCCCUUUCGUGAUAUUAGGCAAUAAGGUAGAUCUGGAAAACCGUGCUGUUUCUGCCAAACGUGCACAACAAUGGUGUCAAAGCAAAAAUGAUAUUCCGUACUAUGAAACGAGUGCCAAAGAAGCUGUGAAUGUGGAGCUAGCAUUCCAGACUAUAGCUCGCAAUGCUCUCGCCCAGGAGACAGAAGCAGAGUUGUACAACGACUUCCCAGACCACAUCAAGCUUAAUGCCAAUGACAAUGGUCGCAAUAAGGAUGGAGACAACUGUGCCUGCUAGGCCUAGGUACACCCUCUAGUGCUGGCAUCAUACUAGUUUCUCAUUUUUUAUAAAGUUAAUACAAUGAAGUAUAAUGUUAUUCUGUAAGUAAAUUUCUUUGAUAUCCUUAUCAUGUAAAAAUGUAUAGAGAAAAUAAAUACUAUAAAGAUUGGACAAGUUUCUUGUAGCACAUGUGAGAUGUUUGAAAUUUAAUUGCACGUCUAUAUUAAAGACUAAAAAAUGUAAUCAAAAUUAUCAUGCCAUAGGAAGUUACGUCAUCCAGCAAUGACUUCUUUUAAGUACAAUGUGGAAGAGUAGUGUUUUGUAAUACACUAAGAUACAUAAGUUUGGCUAUUGCUUGUUAUAAUGUCCAUUAUUGUGUUGUUUUUAAUUCUGGUAAAAUUCAUGUGAUGUCUAGUUAAAUUUUGGUAUAAUGGGUAUCUAGGUAUCUAUUGUUUGUUACAGCUACAUGAAACCGAUAUAGCUAAUUAGAGAUUAGAAUAAUUAUUUUAUUAUAAUACUGAAAUUUUGGAGAUUUCAGCAUCUGAUUAAGUCUUGUUCAUUGUUUCACUAAUAGGUGGCAGCACAAUAGUCAAGGCCUUGAAUGUUGUUUUGUGCAGUAUCAGCAGGCCUCUUGCCCUACAUAAUUUAGGUUACUAAUCUCUGUUUAUUUUAGAUUGAAAAUAAAACUUGAUUGAUUCUAUUUUAAAAUAAACUUGCUAUAUCACACUACACACUAUUAUCACUGUUUGCCAGCUAUUGUGUUGUUACCUUUUCCUUGCAUUGAGUUAAACACAGCAGUUAAUUAACAGUAUAAUAUUCCAUUUUAAUAGAUUGUUAUUUUAUUACUUAAAAGAUAUGAGUUUUUAUAAUUUUAAACCAAAAAUAUUCUAGAUUAGUCUAUAAAAUUUUGUGUUAAAGGCUUUAAUGCAAUUAAUUAUCUGACAAUGUUAUUAAGAAAAGCAAAGUGCAAGCUUAAGCAACAAAAGGAUAUAAUAUAAAGAUUCUGUUUAUUAUAUUGAUUUACAUAUAGUCUUAAAAAUUAUGUAUUACUAAAUUUUGACUGCUGUGUAUAUGUUAUUAUUCUGGAACCUCCUUAAACAUAACUUGUGAUAAGUUUAUGGAGUGGAUUAUGUAUUUGCCCAAAAAUUAUAUUUACCAUAAAUGUUUCUGUAUAUAUUUGGAUUUUAAAGCAUUAGAUAUAAGUAGUUAAUGAUAAAAAUUACCAAUAACAUCAUAAUUACUCAGCAUGUCACAAUAUUAAUGAGUGUUAUUGAACAAACUUAUGACACAUAACUCUGAUUACAAAUUGUUCAUUUGUUUUUUUGUUAUGAAUAAGUCAUGACACUUAAAUCAGGCAGCUUUUAGAUGCCAUAAUAACAGCUUUAUAGGUGCAAAGCUGUUUGGAGAGUUUGAUACAGAUUCCACAUACUAGUAUACUAUGUAUCUUGUAUCACAUUUUGCUUUUCUUCAUUAAAUUAAAAUGUAAUAAUAAAAAAGUAUUGGCCCCUGCAAAAAGCAUGGCCAUACUAUUUAUUGUUAGUUCUAUUUCACCAGAGUGUAUUUUGAUUGAAUCCUCAUAUUUUAAAAAGCAUUGCAUGCCUUUAUAUAUUGGUAUAACUAUUAUCUAUAAAUUAUAAGUAAUAAGAGCUAGAUGUAAU